AUGUUUUCGUCUGCGGGCAAGCGAUGCUUCACGAUAGAGUCCCUAGUCGCCAAGGAAAACCCUCUCUCCAGUGAGGAUCCCAUCCGCCCGACGGCUUUAUGUUACUCCAACCCGUCUACAGAUGCCUUUAUGAACAGUUACCAGGCUCCACCGGGCAGGUCGCUGUACCAGAGCCCGGACCUGGUGUUCCCGGAGACGGUAAACCAUCCCUCCCUGACCAUGACUCCCCACCAGCUGGGAGGCUCCCACCUACAGCAUCCGCACUUCUUUGGGACGCAACACCGGGACCCGCUGAAUUUCUACCCGUGGGUGUUAAGGAACAGGUUUUUCGGACACAGAUUUCAAGGUAACGACGUGUCCCAGGACAGCCUGCUCCUCCACGGCCCUUUCGCCAGAAAGCCCAAGCGCAUCCGGACGGCCUUCUCCCCGUCCCAGCUGCUCCGCCUGGAGAGAGCCUUCGAGAAAAACCACUACGUCGUGGGAGCCGAGAGGAAGCAGCUGGCCAACAGCUUGAGUUUAUCUGAGACGCAGGUGAAGGUCUGGUUCCAGAACAGGAGGACCAAGUACAAGAGGCAGAAGCUGGAGGAGGAGGGUCCUGAGAACCAGCAGAAGAAGAAGGGCAACCACCACAUCAACAGAUGGCGCAUUGCCACCAAGCAGGCCAGCUCUGAGGACAUUGACGUGACCUCAGAGGACUAAAAGCCCCGAUCCACCCUCCUACAAUGCUGCCCUGCACCCCGCGUCCCCUUCUGACGCAUCAGAGG